UGAGGACUUUAAAGUACAAUCACCUAGAUCACAUAGAUUAAAUCCACAUCAUCACUUCAUCCUGUUCUUUUUAAACACACCAGCUGUUAUCGACCAGGACAGAGUGUUACCGGUUGACCGGAGGAUUUGAUUUGAUUUACUGGCAUCAGUGUGUCACCGAUAGUGCUGUAAGAUAGGACUUUCUUAUUUUUUUCUUGAAGUUGUCCACAUCUACCUUUCGGCAUGCUCCACAAACCGAUUCAAAGAACAGCCGGGGGAUUUAUCCGUCAAGAUGAAUGUCUUCUUACACUUCCGAAGUUGUUCCAGAGACUACGGGGGCAUUAUGUCGGCUCUGGGAUCGGACUCCUGGUGGAAGAAGACUCUGUACAUCACCGGGGGGGCCCUGCUGGCUGCUGCAGCCUACCUACUGCAUGAACUGCUCGCCAUCAGGAAGGAGCAGGAGUUGGACUCUAAAGACGCCAUCAUCCUGCAUCAGUUCUCCAGGCCAAAGAACGGCGUGCCCAGCCUCUCACCCUUCUGCCUCAAAAUCGAGACGUACCUGCGCAUGGUGGACCUGCCCUACCAGAACUACUUUGAUGGGAAGCUGUCGCCGCAGGGGAAGAUGCCCUGGAUCGAGUACAACCACGAGCAGGCUUCGGGGUCAGAGUUCAUCGUAGACUUCCUGGAAGAGAAGCUGGGUGUCAACCUCAACAAUAACCUCACGCCGCAAGAAAGAGCCGUGUCCAGAGCAGUCACCAAAAUGGUCGAGGAACACCUGUACUGGACGAUAGCCUACUGUCAGUGGGUGGACAACCUGGAGGAAACUCAGAAGCUUCUUGCGAUGAGCGGUCCCCUGAGCGACACGCUGAAGUGGCUGCUGAGCCACCUGAACGGCAGCAUGGUGCGCAGGGAGAUGUACGGCCAUGGCAUCGGACGCUUCUCUAAGGAGGAGGUCUACGCUCUGAUGGAGAAGGACAUGAGGUCGCUGGCCACACUGUUGGGAGAUAAGAAGUACUUCAUGGGCUCUAAGAUGUCGACAUUAGAUGCCACAGUGUUUGGGCAUUUAGCCCAGGCUAUGUGGACUCUGCCCGGGUCACGGCUGGAGCAACUCAUCAAAGGAGAGUUGAUCAACCUGGCCAUGUUCUGCGAGCGGAUGCGAAGGAGGUUCUGGCCCGAGUGGUUUGUGGAUGUGGAGGAUCUUUAUUAUGAUGGAGACAGUGAGAGUAGCGGCGGCGGCUCACCUACAGGCUUUGGCAUCUUCUCCAGGACUGACACACUGGACGACAGCGACGCCAGCAGCCACUCGGCCGGACACACGCACACACACUCCCCGGACUCUGACCACUCGCUCUUUGACUCGGACGUGGGCACGGGAUCUGAAAAUGACAUUCAGCUGAAGGAGGAGUUAAUUCCGGACCUGGAGGUCUGACCUGAGAAUGGUCGUGAUUGACAGAAAGAUUGAGACUGACAGGAGACGAGAACUGUGUCUGUUAGCUUGAAAAAAAAAAAAAAGGGGGGGAGUCUGGACAGAUUUCCAGACAGCAGCUCUCACAGCUGAAAGAAUAUUCCAGCUCCUCGACCUCUAAUACCCAAGAUGAUAAACCCUGCUGAUGGACCGACUGGGUAUUAAUAUGCAGAGCAUACAAACUGAACCUCAUAAUACACAUACUACUGUAUGGUUCACCCCUCCUGUAACACCAGGACUGUCACAGUGGCAGUUUCUCUUUGCCUUAUUUGUCUCGUCCUCAGAUGCAGAAGCUGGUUUGAUAGGUUAACACAAAGGAAACAUCUCAUCUCCUGAAAAGUGCGGCAGCGACAGAAUAGUGGUCUAGACGAGGCAGGAUGCACUUCACUUGCUAUGAAACGAUGCAACUAAUCACCACUCUGCCAUGUGUCUUAACGCACAAACCCAUUGGAACAGGUGGAGAUUGAUCAUGUGGCUGAAAGGAACAGCUGCUGUGUCUCGGCUGUAAAGCAUUUGUGUGCUGGAAAAGAAACACAGAUGACAUUUAGUGCUAGUCCAUGCUCUAGAUUGAUCCUUUAUGCUACUGUAUGCGAAAAGAACCUGUAUCAAAACAUAGGGCUGGGUACCAAUACCAAUACCAAUACUUUUUAGGCACCGACUGAAUUGCCUCCUUAGGAUUGAGUAACGUCAUUCAAUACCAAAUUCCAAUACCGAAGGAGCAAAUCUUAUCAGUGUCAGUGAGCCAAUAUGCUUCUACCAACAUGCUACUUGCGAUUGGCUGUCUAACGUUACACAUCGUAAAAGGUGAAGCUGAAAAAUAAAUACAAAUAUUUGUGCCAUAAUGUUGUAAUUUAUUUAUGUUGAAAUGGAUUUUAUAAAAUUGGUAUCGAAAAAAGUAACGUUGAGGAACCGGUAUUGAAGUCACGGUAAUGGUAUCGGUACCUGAAUCAAAAGUGUUUUGAACGACACCCAGCCCAAAUCAACAUCAAAACAUGAUGUAUGUCUCCAUCAGGCCACAACCCUAGAUGCAAUCCUAUGUAUAGUCCUAUGGAAUAGAGGCCAGAAGGAAAGAGGAGCAGAUUUGUGCCUGUUUAAUUUUCUGGUUAUUAUCCUUAUUUCUCUCCAUGUAGAAAUGAUUUGCUUUGUUAUUGGGGACGUUCGAGCUUUCGAUCAUUGAUGUCCACAUCUCUUCAGAUCUGUAAUUUGUAUAUUUGACCACUAGAUGUCAGCCUGAUGCCUCCUUUAUUCUGUAACAUCCACCCUGAGGACACAGCAAAUCGUUUCUCCUUCAGUCCUAAUCUUUAAUAUUGCGGUUCCCAUUCAUAGGUAACCUGUCAGUCUGUGUGCAGGUGUAAUGUGCGUACGUUUGUGUACUUACACACUGUGACUGAGCGCAGCAACAAAUCAGCCUUAGUUCUUUAAGACUAGAGAAAUGGGUGAAAAUAGUCUGCAACAGUUUUUGUUGUGAUAUAAUUUUUAUCUGUGCCACUUUAUUUUUCUUUCUAUAGGAUCUUAUGUGUCAAAUAUAUAUUUUGUUAAACUUUGUUUUCUUAUUGCUCCCAAAGAGAGAUGUUAUUUUGCACUAGUGGAAAUUUAUUUUCACAUUAUUUCAAUGGGAGCAUUCUGCUGUGGAGGUAGAGAACAGUGUAGGCCAAAGGAAAGGGAAACAUAAAUGUGUAUAUCAGUAGUAGCCUACAGGACGUUGAGUGUCCUGAUAAUGAUUGUGCUGCGAGGGGACUGUGCUGCUUACUGUAUGUCGUGUAUGUGAAUCUUACUGGGCGUGAAUGUCAUCAAUGAAGCAGUUGAUGAGGUCUUUGCAGAGACAGUCAGAAUACCAAAUAAACAGAACUGAACAUCGCUAGUUCAAAAACAUUUGGUAUAAAAUGGACCAAAAUGUCUCGGGAAGUGUUCACUUUUGUCUGUCACGUCAAGCUUGGUGGAAGUGCUCGUAAUGGCAAUAUGAUUGCUGUAUAAAGAUUGUGGUGCAUAUAGAGUAGAUGCGACUUAAGUUUAAGGGUCAGUACACUCAAAUUACAAAAAACAUUCUCACCAAAAUCUCAUGGUAUUGAGCCAUUCAGAUAGUUUGGGUUUUAUUUCUCCAGGUUUUGAGAUAUGUGUCUGUAAGAUUUUGCGAAUCCUGUCACUUUGGAUUUCUUACAUCCAAUGAAAACUGUAAUAUCACGAAAGAAUCCAGUUCAAGCAAAUGAUGACUAACACAUAAAUCAUUGUGAUUCCUUUCAACACUUGCAGCGUAAUCCUAAACCACCAUGUAAAAUUGGCGUUCUGUUUAUUCGUGGUAAUGUUACCGUAACAUAGUUUACAAGCCUUAUCUUCAUCCAGGAUUUUCCAACUAUGUUGUCAAACCCAAAAUGCUUUUCCCCCUCAUUCAAACGGUUGUUUGAAUUUGGAAUAAAAAGUGACUUGGUUUGUGGAUACCUGUGGACUUUUACUUAAAACUGCUAUAGUCAGUAUUUGUAUAUUAACUAAGGAUCAAAUGACAACUUGUAAUGUGAAAGGGGCCGUCACUUGUAAUGAUGAACCCACAGAGAAUUAUCACCUUACUCCGCAGAUUCCCUAAGCUCUACAGAGCGUUUUAGCAUCUUACUCCUUGUUUAUGUUUUUACCAUAGACUGUAAAAAUAAUGGACAUGUGCAUCAAAAAACAAAAAAGUUUUUAAAACCCAUCGUACGCUACCUCCUCUGCACCAAACAGCAACAGACGAAGUUAGUGACUAGUUGAUGACCAUGAGCAUUUAGCCACAUAAGAGGGAUAUAUUUCCCUCAGGAGUUGGUGGAGAGCACAAAGUAGAGGGAAUAUUGGACUUUUUUAUCAGGUGGCCAGAAACACGACUGAGUGAAUGCUAAUGUUGCUCCGUGUCUGCUAGAUGUAACUGCUUGCUAACAAGUUUUCCAUGCCAACUUCAAGCCCAACACUAUCUGCAUGGCUACAUACCACUUAUGUUUUUUUUUGCAGUUUGGGUGAAGUGACCCUUUAAAUGAGAAGCCUGGAUAGAUGCAAUAGAUGAGUUAGUGACAGAAGGCCAGAGUUUGAUCCCGAUACUUGGACUCCAGAGACAACCCUCUUCCAUCAUGUCGCCCUGUGGUUCGCAUCCCGACCCGCCCUCGUCUGGAUUGUGCGCUUUUUCUCAGUCGCCUCAUCCAGUCUGGGCAUCAUGUAGAAUUGGACUGCUUCAAACAAGCCAUAUUAAAACUAAAUGUCUUGUUAAUUAGAACCAUGUCAUAGCAUUACUUCUGGGGUAAUGUAAAUAUUGUAUGUGUGACACAGUCUACCAUACUGUAUGUAGAGCUGACUGACUGA